UCCUCACUUAAAGACAUGGUGGUGAAGUACUUUGUGUGUUGUCCAAUAAUUAACCACUGGACUGAUAAAGCAGAAAUAGGAGCGAGAAAGAGAGAGAAAAGAAAGACAGGAGGUCAGAUAGACAAGUAAAAUCAGCAUAGAAAGAGGAAGGACGUUGACUCAGCAGUUGCAGUUUGAGUGGAAAAAGAGGAAGUGUACGAGUGUGUUCACCCAGUGUGCCGAGUUUCUCGCUCUGUUGCUUUUUCUCCGAACUCCAUGGAGGACACACAGGUGGCCAGGUUCGUAGAGCUGAACGAUGGCACACGGAUGCCAGUUUUGGGUCUUGGGACAUGGAAGUCCUCCCAUCUUCCCCGCACCUCGGUCCAGGGUGCGGUGGAGGCUGCCAUCGCAGCCGGCUAUCGCCACAUAGACACGGCUCACAGCUACAGAAAUGAGGUAGAUAUUGGCAAGGCUCUGCGCUCCAAGAUACAGCAGGGCAUCAUCAGGCGCCAGGACAUGUUCAUCGUCAGUAAGCUGUGGUGUACCCAUCAUGCCCCAGAGGACAUCCCUAAAUGCCUGAAUAAGUCCCUGAAGGAUCUCCAGCUGGACUACCUGGACCUUUACCUUGUGCAUUUCCCUGUUGGCCUAAAGAAUACGGGCGACGAACUUUUCCCAAAGAAGGACGGAGUGAUGCUGACCUCCGACAUCGACUACGUGGAUGUCUGGAGGGGGAUGGAAGGCCUGCAGGCCUCAGGCAAGGUGAGGAGCAUCGGGGUGUCCAACUUCAGCACCCUGCAGCUGGAGAGGCUUCUGGCUCUGUGCAGGGUGCCCCCUGCUGUCAACCAGAUUGAGCUUCAUCCCUAUCUGGUGCAGACAGAGAUGAUCGAGUUCUGUCAAUCCAAGAACAUCGCCCUGACGGCCUACAGUCCCUUCGGCUCGCCGCAGAGACCCCCACAGAUGUUCAGAGGAGACCUUGAUCCACAUCAGCUCCUGGAGGAACCAGUCGCAGCAGGUAUAGCCAAGAAGCAUAGACGCAGCCCUGCACAGGUGUUGCUGAGGUACCACGUGCAGCAGGGUAUUGCAGUCAUCCCUAAGAGUGACAAGCCUCAUCGCAUCCUUGAGAACACAAAGAUCUUUGACUUCAGUCUGACGGAAGAAGACAUGAGAGCCCUGAGAGGACUGGACCGGGGGUGGAGGGCCUGUAUGCUCGAGGAAAUCAAGUGUCAUCCGUACUACCCCUUCGUAUGAGGCCGUCAGGAGGGCGGAGUCAAGAGACGCCACAGCGGAUCCAGUACUACUGGACUACUCAAGGCCGGCUACAUGGCGCCUCCCCACAGUAUCCGUAUCACACGCUGUGUUAGGGUCAAGAAUGUGAACACGGAUCUUUCAAAUGUGACGUCACUGAAUGGGACUGGACCAAUAUCAGGUCAUCCAUGAGCUCUGAAGAGUCGGGACCUCAUUUUCUAGUGUGUUUGUGUCAUGAAUGAAAUACUGUAUGUCUGCAUUGUUGCAUCCUAAUUAAAGACAAUUUAUCCAGUUGAGACUCACAAAA